AUGAUCCAAACAAAAAAACCAAGCGGCAAGCGGCAACAGAUUGUCUGGCGUCUUGAAUGUGAGCUGGGUAUCAUUUCCGAUAGCGACUGUCCUAUUGAUGGAGGCUGGUCUGCCUGGAGCUCAUGGUCUUCAUGUCAAGGCCCUUGUGACGACGUUGGACACCGCCACCGAACAAGAGAAUGUAUUAACCCGCCACCUUCUCAAGAUGGUACACCAUGUAGUGGGCCAGACGAACAAACAGAUGUCUGUUACCUCACAAACUGCACUGUUAAUGAUUUUCGCGAACUGGUCAAAGGUGACUCGGCUAGAAUGGAGGCGCUAAAUCAACUUGAAGCUGUCCCUGCCUUAAUGGAACGCUGCUUACAAAUGGAAUGCCCCUUUGAAGCAAUUGAGGCCGCUCUAGCUUUUGAUAAUACGUGGCAACUUAAUUCAGAGUCCUUGUGGAACUCGUUACAAUGUGUGAAGCGUAACCUGGGCUGUCCUGUGAUGGGCGAGUGGGGAACGUGGGGUUCCUGGUCUUCUUGCGGUGCUCGAUGUGGACGCGGUUUAAAGUGGAGAUUACGGAGAUGUGAUACGCCAGCACCUUCGGAUGCGCGUCUUGCUUGCGCUGGCUCUCCUCUUAUAGCAGAUGUUUGCGUAGGAGAUCAAUGUGCUAUUACCAGCAAAGAUUCUGGAGGAAGUUGGGGUGAGUGGAGCUCUUGGUCGUCGUGCUCAGAAAAAUGUGGAGCCGGAGUAAGACGCCGAAGAAGAGUUUGUCAUGAAACUGACACUCUUCCGGCUUCCGGAACGUGGGGUACACACUGUCGGGGACAACACGAUCAGUUAGAGGUUUGUGAAAAUGGCUUUUGUUCGCUGGAUGGUGGAUGGUCUGGAUGGGGGAGCUGGGGACCUUGCUCACAAACCUGCGGAGCUGGCAGACGGGCUAGAACAAGGACCUGUACUAGACCAAUUCCACAUGGCAAAGGAUCGACUUGUGUUGGCCCUAAAACUGAAGUUGGCUCCUGUCAUUUCUAUCCUUGUGAAAUAUAUUCUCAUACAGUUGCCAUAUUUCAUGGCGAAUCAUCUCUUCAUUAUAACCUCGAAAAUAAGCGUGCUACACUUUAUCAAUUCUAUAUGAGAUUUAUGCCCUUGUCACCGCAUGGAACAUUGGUCCGUAGAGAUGCAGGUCAAAAUUCUUUCGUUCGACUAAGCUUACAGAAAUGGCAUGUUUGUCUAGAUGCGUGUGGUUCUAGUCGGUCGUGUUGUCUGCCUAGGACUUGCUCACACACAAACUUCGAACCAGCAACGUGGCACACAGCUCUACUGGCUGUUACGGGUGAAGGAGCUGUGUUGAGGCUCAAUGAAGCCGUCGUACCAUUAAAAGUCGCUUGGCCUUGCGACCCAGAUUUGCCUGAUGAUAAAAUGAAAAUUUUUGUAGGAGAAAGAUUUCACGGACAAAUUCAGGAAUUAAUUUUAAAUUUUAUACCCUUAAAUAUGAUCAUAAGCCGCAAUCAGAGAUCUAGAAAAAGCGAUUUUCAUCCUAUUGCAGCUUCAAAUAUUGCAUAUGAAAAGGCGAAUACGGAAGAAGCAUACAUGCAUAUCAACAAUGAUCAGUAUUUACGUCUACCCUGUUUCCUAGAUCAACAGAGCUGGCGCCUGGAACUAACUUUAAAAACCAAAAAAGAAGCGGGGACAAUUUUAUUUCUGAGAACUGAUAGAAGCACCAAUUGGUUACAUUUAUAUUUGCAAAAUAUGAGAUUGAAGAUGAAGUUAGCCCUUGGUAAUUUUCGAACAGAGAGCAGCAGUACAUCGGAUUGCGCAUCAGAACAAUGGCUCAAUGUUACUAUUUCCAAAAAACAAGAUACAAACGCAAUAGAAGCUUGUAUCAAUGCAGGAGAACGAUUACAUGUAUUGUUCGAAGAAGUUGCUCGUAAAAGACGUGAUUCGUUAAAAAGCACAACUCCAACCAGGGACCCAGUCAAUAUGUCUACAUCAAUCUCAAGUAAGUCAACAAUAAAACCAGAAAAUAUUGAUGGUCAAAUACAAGACCUCCCAUUUUCGUUGUGCUCUGACGAAUUUUUCAUCGGUGGGAUACCAAAUAACUUAAUAAGCCAUCUUAACGAGGAAGUUGUUCCGUUUUAUGGAGUUAUAGCUUCUAUCAGGGAAAAUGGGGUCCUAUUAGAUUUACAUGGUUGUAAUAUGGAGAGAUAUAAGGAAGACAAAAUUCAAGUGUCCUCAAGAUCAGCAAGUGUAUCUGGAUCUUACCACGAAACAGCGUGGGGUAAGUCUAACAGGCUGAACUUGACGUGCCUUCAUGCAAGAACAUCUCGGUCUCCACACGAAGCUAGCUGGUUGUACUUAGACACAGCUAUGGAUACAAGUGCUUUAAAAGAAAAAACUGUGAGAUCAGUUAACGAUGGACGAGUUCUGAGACUCGUAGCUACAGCUGAUCACGAUCUAAGAGGUUUCUACACAUGUCGUGCGCACAGCAACAGACGUACUCAGAACAUCGUUACUUAUGGUGUUUUAGGCAAGAUUCAAUAUAAAUUAACUGGCCCUGACACGACCACAGCAAUCGCUGUUGUCACAACUCUAGUUCUCGUAAUAAGCACACUAACUUGGCUUGUCAUUGAAUGUAUUCAUGAUGUUAGGAGCGGUUAUGGUUUCUUUAGAGAUGCGCAUCUGUCUCCAAAGGAAGAAGCUGAAGCGGUGUGUGAAUACAUUGACCUCAACAUAAACUUACUGAGUUCGAAGAGCGAUGCUAAAGUGGCUAAGGCUCGAGCGAGGAAGAGAGGUAGACAGCUAGUGAGCCGAUCAAAUUUCGCUGCUCAAGAGCCGCAAGGAUUAAUGCAGGAAAGCCUACAUCCGGAGCAAAGUGACAAUACGUUGAGUGAGCCCGAGGGGUUACCGGCAUUACCUGAAGUGAAAAGCUCUAGACCUGAACCAUUGCACAACGUGUAUAGCAGUGUGUAUAGGGUAGAACCAUGUUACGCGAGUUCGCCUCGCCCAGAUUCGACAUCGACCCCAAAACUGAGAGCGACGUCAACAUCAUCAUUCGAGUUAGUUUCCCCAAGAGUACUUUGCUCACGUCUUCUAAUGCACAAACGCACAUCAUCCAAAGAAAGUUUCUAUUCCAAGAAGAGUUCGGCUCGCGGCGGAUUUACAACACUUCGUAAGAAGAAGGGAAGUCUGGUGACUAUAAAGUCUUCUGUCUUUGUUGCCCAAACUCCUGCUCAAAAGAUUCUGCAAAGGUUUCAAAACCUAAAAGGCGAGGAUAAUUAA